CUUCAAGUAUCUUACUUCUCCAUCUUCAAACAUGACAGAGAACUCGGACAAAGUUCCCAUCACCAUGGUAGGGCCUGAAGACAUUGAGUUUUGCAGUCCCCCGGCGUACGCCACCGUGACCAUGAAGCCCUCGGGGAGCUCUACACGGCUGCUCAAGGUGGGAGCUGUGGUCCUCAUUUCUGGCGCGGUGCUGCUGCUCUUUGGGGCCAUCGGGGCCUUCUACUUCUGGAAGGGAAAUGACAAUCACAUUUACAAUGUUCAUUACACCAUGAGUAUCAAUGGGAGACUACAAGAUGGGUCAAUGGAAAUAGAUGCUGCGAACAACUUGGAGACCUUUAAAAUGGGAAGCGGAGCGGAAGAAGCAAUUGAAGUUAAUGAUUUCCAAAAUGGCAUCACUGGGAUCCGUUUUGCCGGAGGAGAGAAGUGCUACAUCAAAGCACAGGUGAAGGCUCGCGUCCCUGAGGUGGGCCCUGUGACUACGCAGAGCAUCUCUGAGCUGGAAGGCACGAUCAUGCCAGUUAAGUAUGAAGAGAACUCUCUGAUUUGGGUGGCCGUGGACCAGCCCGUGAAGGACAACAGCUUCUUGAGUUCUAAAAUCCUUGAACUCUGUGGUGACCUGCCUAUUUUCUGGCUUAAGCCCAUGUAUCCAAAAGCAAAUUUUGCAGAAAUCCAAAGAGAGAGAAGAGAAGUUGUGAGAAACAGUGCUCCCUCUACCACAAGAAGACCACACGGCGAACCGCGAGACAACUCGGGCCCUGGAAGACCAAGUAAUGGAACCAGACCCAAUGUUCAGGACGACGAAGAACUGUUCAACCCUGACAAUCCUUACCACCAGCAGGAAGGAGAAAGCAUGACGUUUGACCCUAGACUGGAUCAUGAAGGAAUCUGCUGUAUAGAAUGCAGGCGGAGCUACACCCACUGCCAAAAGAUCUGCGAACCACUGGGAGGCUACUACCCAUGGCCUUACAAUUACCAAGGAUGCCGCUCAGCCUGCAGAGUCGUCAUGCCAUGCAGCUGGUGGGUUGCCCGCAUCUUGGGCAUGGUGUAAGUCCAGUCCAUCUAUCCGGGCUGCCAAGC